CAUACUUAGUCGGUAUCAACUGACAUUUUUUCCUUCGUGAUUUGGGUAAGCAUUUGGCGUUGGAUAUUUUUUGACCCUCAAUAAGACGUUCACAUUGCACUGACAAGUGCUGAAUAAUUCUGUUUAGGUAAAUAUAGAAUGUCAGCCAAAGAGGAUUCAAUGUCCGAACGCUCUCUGUUAAUCCUAAAAGAACAAGAUCACGGGCACCGUUGGAAUGAUGUGGAGACAGGUGCCUUCUUCCUUCAUAGCAGCUUGAGUCGUCGGCAAAGGGUUGUGAACGCAAUAUGUAUUCUAGUAAUGAAGUUGUGUGAGCGCUUGACCCUCUUUGGAGUUGUUGCAAAUUUGUUGUUAUUUUGUAGGAAUGUGUUAAAACUUGACUCGCCAUGGCCGUCGACAAUCGCCCUCUCGUUACAAGGAAUGUGCUAUCUUACUCCUUUACUCGGAGAAUGGCUCGCUGACACUUACUUCGGUCGGUUUAACACCAUUUAUGGAAGCUCUUUAUUGUAUUUUGUUGGAGUCGUGCUUCUGGCUGCAGCAUCAAUUCCUGACGAUCUACUGGGGGUAGAGUUUGAUGAAACAGCGAGAACGGUGUACUUUGUCGUGGCCCUUGGGAUUAUAGCAUUUUGCACGGGAGGAAUCAAAGCCAAUGUGUUAGCCUUUGGAGCAGAUCAGUUGAAACAGGAUGGUCCAAGAACUGUCCAGACCUUUUAUAGCUGGUUUUACUGGUUUAUAAACAUUGGAGCCUUAAUAGCUUAUACAGUAAUAGUGUGGGUCCAGCAAUCGGACGUUUUCUUUGGUUAUGCCAUCUUAAUUGGUACAAUAUUCCUUGCUCUGGUUGCAUUUUUUGCCCGUCGUAGCAAGUACGUGGUAAAGCCUCCACGUCGUAGCCAGCUGACGGAAACUGCAAAAAUUCUAUGGGAAGGUAUAAAAAAACGAAGAAAGAACACAAGUCGCUGGAUGGAUGGAGCAAAGAUAAGAUUUGGCGGAAGUUUCAGUGAUGCCCAGGUUGAAGACGUGAAGGCAUUAUUGAGAGUAGUACCAGUGUAUUUUACAUUCAGCGUCUACUUCGUAAUUUUCUCUCAGAUGGGUACAACAUUCCUUAUCCAAGGUACCUUCAUGAGGCUACAAUUUGGAAGUUUUACCUUACCAGCAGCGUCUUUGGAGGUUUUUGACAUAGUGAUCGUUCUUGUACUAGCUCCCCUCAUGGAACAUGGUAUCUAUCCUCUUCUUGAGCGAGUUGGCAUAAAGGUGACACCCCUGCGGCGCAUAGGUGUGGGCUUCCUGUUAUCAGCAGCGUCAAUGCUUGUGGCUGGACUCGUUGAGACAAAACGACGGGAAGUAUGGGAAGCUGGUGAUGUUUGUAGACAGACCAUUUUUGGGGAAGUUCACGAUGCUUCAUGUUUCAGUGUUUUCUGGCAGGCACCAGAGUUCUUGUUGAUUGGAGUUAGUGAAGUGUUAGCGAACAUCACAGGACUUGAGUUUGCAUACUCACAGGCUCCUGAGUACCUCAAGGGAGUUUUCAUGGCCCUUUACAUGGCUGCUUGGGGACUCGGAAGUUUCCUUGCAAACCUUCUUGUUGCUAUCGUUACAUCGGGAGGUAAUAGUGAUUGGUAUCCUGAGAAAGAUCCUAACAGAGGUCAUUUUGAGUACUUCUUCUUUCUGGUAACUGUUCUGAUGAUGCUGGAUUUUUUGUUUUUCCUGUUUAUUGCAUCUUCAUACGAAUACAAAGGAUCGCCUCAACAAAGUGAGGAGACAGAAAAAGGCCAAGAAUACAACGAAUUAACUGUAUCAUCCGUGCGUGUGUAAGUGAUGUGUCAGCAUUUUCCCGUCAUGCCGAUUAAAUUUGUUGUUGCUAUGUCAGUAGCAAUGACGUUUUUGGCGAAUUGGGCUGAACUUUGAAAGUAGCGCAAAUGCGGUUAAAGCAUCUUUUUUAACAUAAUACUUCGGAAGUCAAUAAUUCAAUUUAGUUUUUGGACAUUGGCAGUUUUCGAAACCCCAGCUAUAUAAAUAGUAAGAAGUAAAUAAUCUUAAUAAGCAACAAAAAGGAAUGAGCGUGAAAUGAAUACUGAGUUGGUGAGAUUUUCUUCUGCUGCUACCUUCGAGGUAGUUUUUGAGGUCUUUAGCUUUCGAUCCCUGAAAAGUGACUAGCAUGUGAAUUCUCUUUACAAUAUCAGCCCCAAAUCACACAUUAAGGUCACGAAAGUAAAGGAAAAUGAUCACCAACUGAAGAAGCUCUUGAUUGUUAAACAAAUUCUCCUUGUCGGCACCUCAGGAUAUGCAUAGAGGACAGUAUGGAGAAUAUGCAUACUGAUGUAACGAGUUGAGGUAAUUCUAAAGGCGAGUAUUUAAGGGGAGCUUCAUAAACUCCUGUAAUCUAGUUUCUUUACAGUAACCAAGUUUUCGUUCGGCGAAUACGACUGAAAUCUAGUCAUGAUUCUGUCAACUGCUCCUUCA